AUGAAAGCGGACGAGCCGCUCGAUCGCCAGCCAGUGUCGGCCAUUAGCCGCUCCUCUGAGCCAGUCAUGCCAGAGGAGAUCCUCAGGAAGUCCAGCCCAGAGAUUCGAGGUCGCAUCCGGCGGAUGGGCAGCAGAGAGAUGCUGACAGAGGCUAGUCCCCCCUUAAUGUCCACCUUCCUGCCUGACCCCGCAAAGGUAAAAAUGCUGUCUCAAGUGGAGACGUCGCGGGGGCAGUACGACCCCUCUCGAAACUACGACUCUCGUUCAAGCAGUCCCGCGAGCAGCGAGCACCCACGCAGCCAGGACUCUCCUGCAAAAACCAAACCCCUGCCUCCCCCCAAAGCUCUCAAACCUACCUGCGUGUCCCGCAGCUCCAGAGGCCUCGCAAACAGCCCCCCGGUACGGGACAGCAAACCUCUGGAGGACAGCCCUGACGAUCCCUCUCAGAGGACUUUCCUGGGCAAAGUGAAGGCCUUUGAGCAGAUGGAUCACUUGGCCCGGACACAGAGAGUCCUGGAGAUCCAAGAGGCCCAGAACGCCAGGUUUGAGAUUGCACAGAAACAUCCAGACAUUUAUGCCGUCCCCAUUAAAUCUCAGAAACUGGACCACAGCAGGCCACAACCUAUCGGCUCCAGUGCGCGACCAGAGCCUCAGACGCCUCCUUGCAAGCUGCCAUACUCAGAGAGCCGCCCGGUCGGCCUCGGCGAGGAGCACGGAGAGGAGUUUCGACAUCAGCUGGCAGAGCAGACCAAGCGCGGCUAUUACAACACCACACAAAAGUAUCAGGACACUGAGCUGUAGAGUUCCUCUGCUUCGGCUCGCCGCACAGCUUCACCAUUCCACCGGGGCACCGCCCUGCACCAAAACUGCUGCUGACUUGGAAGUCCCGUUUGCUUUUAAGUUUCCCAUGCAUAUAUUUGUCUUUUUCACUUCAGAGAAGUUGAACUUUCUGUCCAUGAGGAUAGAAUCUUAUAUUUGCAUUAGUUGUUUCCCUUCUUGUGAUCCGAGAAUCAUGUUUCCUUGCCUAUGCAAUUUUUUAAGUUUCUGCAACGCAACAGAAACGUCUCGUCACGAGUCUCUAUCUUCGCUCCAUGAAAACCUUAUACCUGUCAUGUGCUAUACAGACCUUUUUGUUACUUUCUUUUUAUAAGCCUGAUGAAGCAAAACUGUUUUGAAAUGUCACUCUCUUCAAGGUUUAUACUAUCUUUGCAUUCCUUCAUUUCUGAUCAUGUGUGUCUAUGAUGUGAGAUAAUACACUGGAUUUUGUUACAAUGUUUUAAAGUGCCUUUUACUUUCCGAAUAACGUUGGAGGUUUGUGGACUUGACAAUCCAGCCCUCUGGACAAUAUUUUUGCUGCUUACAGCUCCAAGGAAAAACAGGGAAAAGUCAACACCAAAACCCUUAAUACUGUCCGCCCGUAUCCUCAGUGUAGCGACGGCAACGACUGACGAGUUUCCAAAGGGACGCUUCACCAGUCAGGUUGAUGCUGAUUGGUUCGAGUGACUGAAAUUGCUGUGGUCACGGUUUGUCUUAUUUCAACCCCACCGCAUUACGUUUUUAACACGCUUGAUUGUACGUUGGUCCGCUUUACCUCCACAUAAUUGGUUCAAAGUGCUUCUAAAACUUGUGGAUUAUAUUUUGAUGGCUUCCACUGUGUGUGAGGGUCACAAACCCAGAGAAUAUUCCCUGGACAUUUACGUCCAGGUCUACUGUGGAAUUUCACUCUACUACACCAAAUAAAAUAAACUAUAUUGACAUUA